AUGCAGCCAAGCAUACCACCACACCCACCCAGCUCUGCGGUGAGGAAUGGCUCUGUGCCCGUGCCUAGACCUCCCAAGACAAAACCCCCAACCGCCAAGAACAGCUCAAGUAUUGCUCUCACGAACAUUUACGGCGGCACAACCAGUGCCGAGAAAGUCAUCCCACAGCUGGAAAGCGCUCUGUUUGCUCAGCGACAGCUUCUGGAAGAACUAUACACCCCCCCUGCAGGCGGUGACUCGGCUGUCGUGCCCAUAGAACAGCCGCCGCUGCUCAGCCCAGCUGAACGGAUCUGUCAGGAGGUCAUAGAUAAGUUGCAGAAACUAUUAGCAGAGGUCAAGGAAGACGCACGCAGCUAAGAACCCUAAACACCCUAAAAACCCUUAAAAGCUGAGAACGGAUAACCCCUAAAACCCUAAAUCAAACAACGGGGAUGCAAAGUUGUUAUGGGGACAUGCACAGGUACACUAGUCAUCUGGUGGCGGUCUCAUGCAACAGGCGACGAUCGCACUACGUGAAACCACCUGAAACUCAACUGUAGGGUUGAAUGGGGAUAUAAAACUUUAUACAGACAUCUGGCAAUUAGUUCAAGCGUUAGUGCUUUAUGAGUUGAAUGGGGAUAUAAAACCACCUGAAACUGGACAGUAAGGUUGAAUGGGGAUAUAAAACCACC